AUGGCCGGUCUCUCUGCCGACUACGACUACCUCUUCAAGCUUUUGCUGAUCGGUGACUCGGGUGUCGGAAAGUCAUGUCUCCUCCUUCGAUUCGCUGAUGACACUUACACUGAGUCCUACAUUUCUACUAUCGGUGUCGAUUUUAAGAUCCGCACUAUCGAGCUCGAAGGCAAGACUGUCAAGCUUCAGAUCUGGGACACGGCCGGACAGGAGCGAUUCCGAACCAUCACCUCGUCCUACUACCGCGGUGCGCACGGCAUCAUCGUAGUCUACGACGUGACAGACAACGAUACAUUCAGCAACGUCAAGCAAUGGCUCCAGGAGAUUGACCGAUACGCCUGCGAGGGUGUCAACAAGCUUCUCGUCGGUAACAAGUCGGAUCUCACCAACAAAAAGGUCGUCGAGUACGCUACGGCAAAGGAAUUCGCCGACCAGCUGCAGAUCCCCUUCCUCGAGACUUCGGCCAAGUCGGCGACCAACGUCGAACAGGCAUUCUUGACCAUGGCCAAGCAGAUCAAGGAUCGCAUGGGCUCGAGCACUGUCAACAACCAGACUGGUGGUAAGAGCACACUCAAGGUCGGCCAGGGUCAGAACGUCUCGCAGCAGUCGGCUGGUGGAUGCUGUUGA